UUAGGGAUUGAAUAUUUCAUGCUUUGAAAAUUUGAAAUUUGAAAUUUGAUCCUCGGACACCCAGGGGUUCCUGUACUUGAGCGUCCGAACUACUGCUAGACCUAGAGAGCGAAAGUGAGAGCGAGAGCGACAGAGAGAGACGGGUUUCCCCUUCAAGACUGUAGAGUGAGAGAGAGGCUUUUUCGUCCUGGAGAGAGAAAGGUCUUGUGCCCCUAGAGAGAGAGCAGCGGAGUUUUGUCCUUCUAACUGAUAGAGAGAAAGGGUUGUUUUGUCCUGACUCUUAAAGCUUUAGCGCUAGGUUUUCGGAAGAGAGGUGGUGUGAUUUGUUAAAGAGAGAGAGAUGUCUAAUCCUCCUCUUCCGAGGCAGUUCAAGCUGGAGAAGGAGAGUGAGCUGAGGAUUGAAGUGGGGUCUGAGUCUCCCCUCCGCUUUCGUCUGCUCCCUGGCGGCACGGCUGAGAUUUUUGGUACCGAGCUCCCUCCUGAAAUUUGGCUCACUUUGCCACCCAGGCACAAAUUCGCUGUUUUCACUUGGCACGGUGCCACUAUUGAUGUGGAUGGUAUCAGUGAAGUUGAGUAUGUUGCUGAUGAGACACCAAUGGUUAGCUAUGUGAACGUACAUGCUGUGUUGGAGGGACGAAGAGCUCGUGCAAAAGGGGCAUCCUCAAAUACUAGCUCAAAUACACAACGUUCAGAAGCCCCAGUUGACUCUCAGGGUCCCCGUGUGAUUGUUGUGGGGCCUACAGAUUCUGGAAAAAGUAGCCUCUCAAGAAUGCUUCUCAGUUGGGCUGCCAAACAGAGGUGGAAACCGACAUUUGUGGAUCUAGAUAUUGGUCAAGGAUCGAUAACCAUACCUGGAUGUAUUGCUGCAACUCCAAUUGAAAUGCCAAUUGAUCCAGUUGAAGGAAUACCACUUGAAAUGCCCAUUGUAUAUUUUUUUGGGCACACAACACCUAGUGUCAAUACAGAGUUAUACAAAGUGCUUUGCAAGGAACUAGCUCGAACUUUGGAGAGACAAUUUUCUGCUAAUGCAGAUGUUCGAGCAGCAGGCAUGGUAAUCAACACCAUGGGAUGGGUUGAGGGUGUCGGUUACGAGUUGCUUCUUCAUGCAAUUGAUACUUUCAAUGCGAAUGUAGUGCUGGUGCUUGGACAGGAGAAACUCUGCAGCAUGUUAAAAGAUGUCUUGAAGACCAAACCCAAUGUGGAUAUUGUAAAGCUUCAUAAGUCCGGAGGUGUUGUUCCCAGGAAUCCAAAAUUCAGACAAAAGGCCAGAAGCUAUAGGAUAAGGGAAUACUUCUAUGGUCCCUCUAGUGACCUAUCCCCUCAUUCGAGCAUUGCAAGCUUCAACGAUGUGAUUAUAUAUCGUUGUGGUGGUGGGCCCCAGGCUCCACGCUCCGCACUACCAAUAGGAGCAGAGCCCACUGCCGAUCCAACCCGCCUUGUGCCCGCGACCAUGAACCAAGAUAUGCUGCAUCUCAUCCUAGCAGUUUCUUAUGCCAAGGAACCUGACCAAAUUAUAACAAGCAAUAUAGCUGGUUUCAUCUACAUUACAGAUGUAGAUCUUCAAAGGAGGAAAUUCACUUAUCUUGCACCAUGCCCUGGCGAACUUCCUAGCAGGUUUCUAUUGGUAGGGUCUUUGACCUGGCUUGAAACAUAAGGGGCCGCAAUGGUCGUGGACUGUAAAGUGUAAACUGUAUUUUUUUAUCAUCUCUGGUUUUUGGUGGAUAGUGGCAUUCUUUUACACUGCUAAGAAAGUAGUGACUUUUGUCUUCC